GCGACGGUGACGAGAUUUCGGGCUCAGAGGCAGAAGAGGUCCCCGAUGGGCAGGAGCUGUGGCCUGGUACCCUGCGAGGUCUUCCCGGAGGAGCCGCUGUACCCAGCUUUUCUCGACAGCAGCUCCUGGAGCCAGCGAAGGGGGGCAAUGUCCGUGGACUCCAUCACUGACCUGAGCGACAACACUUCCAAGCUGCUGGAAGCGCUGCAGUUGUCACACCCCCACGAGCUGGAUCCACGGAGAAGCCUGGGCAAGAAAAAGAUGUUGAGCCUCAACCCCAUCACCUGGCAGGUCCCGCGGAUUGUGGACAGAUGUUGCAAACACAUUGAAACGCAUGGUCUCCAAACGGUGGGCAUCUUCCGGGUUGGGAGCUCCAAGAAAAGAGUUCAGCAGCUGAGGGAAGAGUUUGACCAAGGGCUGGAUGUUUUCUUGGAUGAGCAUCAAAGCGUUCAUGAUGUGGCUGCUCUGCUCAAAGAGUUUCUUCGGGACAUGCCGGAUUCGCUGAUUCCCAGAGAGCUCUACGCAGCCUUCCUCAGCACAGCCUCCAUGGAGGGGCCAGCGCAGCGGGCCGCCCUCCAGCUCCUGCUCUUCCUGCUGCCCCCCUGCCACAGCGACACGCUGCACCGGCUCCUGAGGUUCCUCAGCGAGGUGGCCCGGCACGCCGAGAGCUCCUGGGGCCCCGACGGCCAGGAGAUUCCUGGGAAUAAAAUGACAGUUUCAAACCUGGCCACGAUCUUUGGUCCCAAUAUCCUUCAGAAAGAGAAGCCUGGGGAGAAAGACGCUGGUGCCAUGAACUUUGAAGAUAGCACUGCCAUCAUACUGGUGCUCCAGAGGUUGAUUGAGCACUACCAGACCUUGUUCACGGUCUCUCCAGAAAUGCAGCAUGACGUCCUAAGGAGGCUGUUUCAGACAGACCCCGAUGUCAUCGACUACCUUUUGCGCAGGAAGUUCAACGCCGUGCCGAGCACAGAGAGUGAGGAUUCAACAGAGGAGCAUGCUCUGUCCCCGCUGCCUGGUCGGACCCGCACUCUGGAGAGCAGCUCGGUCUCAUCGGAGUUGUACAGCAGUGUCUCAUUCCUAAACCUGGACGUUGGCAUCUAGCAAGCCUGGGCCAGGCCCUCUGCACUGCCUGCUGUGGACAAAACUGGGCAACCUUUCCCCAGCAAAAAAAAGUCCUCUGUCCCACUUGGGAGGAGUGGAGGAGUGAAAGGAGUAUGAAUGCCUGUGGGAGCGUCUUUGCUACCAGUAGACGUGCCAAAUUGUUCUGGUGUAGGCAGACC